AUGGAAACUUUAACGAAAGUGAGGAACUGGCUUAUACCCAAGAAUCAGAAGUCGGAAGAUGGUCGUGAUCAAUGGCCAUCUCGAAUAGCUUUCCUCGUGGCCGCCGUUGGAGGAGCUGUUGGCCAGGGUAAUAUCAUCAGAUACCCUUCGCAAGUCUUCAAUAACAUCGGCCUGCAAUGGUUUAUUCCCUAUCUGAUCUCGAUAUUCAUCCUCGCCAUUCCAACGUUGAUUCUGGAAGUCUCCAUCGGGCAGGCAUACCGUGGCGGCACAACGACCGCUUGGAACCGUGUGAAUGGGAGACUUACUGGAGUGGGCUUCGCGUCCAUGUUGGUGUCCAUGACGGUCGUGGUGUACUUUGGCAUUAUAUUGGUCUGGAUUUCAAUCUACUUCCGCCAUUCGUUCACGAGUCCACUUCCAUGGACUGGUAGGGUCGAGGAGUUCUACAACGAGCAAGUCUUACGGGCCGUUGCGCCAGAACAGGGCGACUUCUACUAUACAUAUCCGGGCACAUCUUUGAUCGGAGAGACUGUCGGGUGGUCUGCAUUUGUGUGGCUCUGCGUUUGGCUCUGCAUGUGCAAUGGUGUCGCCAUGACUGGUCGAGCAGCUUACGUGACGAUGGGAAUUCCCACCGUCAUGACCAUCAUACUGCUUGGCCGAUGUACAUCGCUGCCGAACGCUGUCGACGGUAUUAAGCUGUACUUUGCUACCUGGAAUGGCGAUCAAUUGGCGAGAGGUCAAAUCUGGCAAACAGCAUGCGGCCAGGUUUUCUUCUCCACUGGUGUUGGAUUCGGCUACUAUACCGCAUACGCUUCAUACAACGCUAAAUGGGCCAACGCAGUCCAAGACGCCGUGAUCCUGGUCUGCUUCAACUCGUCCUUCGAGACGAUCGCUGCAUUUGCGGUCUUUGGAGUGGUCGGAUACCUAGGCAUCAAUCCAGACAAUACUCCUCGACUUGGGAGUUUCGAGAUUGGGUUUUUGACUUACCCAGCCGCAAUUAUCGCAAUGCCAGGAGCCAACUUCUGGGCAGUGCUCUUCUUCUUGACUUUGCUCCUCCUUGGUAUUAGCUCGACCUACCCCAUGCUCGACGUUGUGGCUACAUUCAUCUUGGACCGAUGGGGACAUAAAGUUUCACGGAUGGCGGUGGCAACGUCACUGUGUGUCGUGACUUUCCUGGUAUCCCUCAUCUACUGCACAGAGUUCGGCUAUUACCUUCUGGAUGGUGUGGACCGGUGGAUCAACAAUCUCACAUUAGUAUUUGUCGUCUGGUGUGAGUGCUCCUUCUCUACCUCGGUGUACCGCUGGCGAGAUGUGUUUCAGCAAACUGGAAGGCGUGCUUUCAUCUCCUGGAACUUUGGUCUUUUCGGAGGUCAGAUCAUUGGCGUGGUCGUGGGUCACUGUGUUAGCCCCGAGGCUGGUGCUGGUACUGGAUUCGGCAUCUUUCUCGUCUUCACAAGCCUGGCAACGGCGAUAGCCAAGACUCCUGACGCGGAUGUCCCUACAUUCUGGCAUCGCAGUGACAUGCUGAAGCGAAUCUGGUUCCUUGGCUUCUACUCGGGCAACCAGCUACGCCGCGAUCUCAACGCCAUCGUCGCGACCGGCAAGAACUGGUCGAUACCCGUCUUGUGGGCACCUCUUCUCCGCUACAUCUCCGCUCCAAUCCUCGCGAGUGUGUUCUCGUUCGCAUACCCCGAGUUCUACACCCUGAGAAACGAUCCUGUUUACAUCUUUGGAUUCGUUAUCGCACACUUCGUCCUGGCUUGCACUGCUUUUGGUUUCCUCUUCCCAAGAUACAUGGACGUGUUUGUUCCGCCAGAAAACCGCGAGCUGGGGCAUCACAAGUAUGCUCCGAAUGUCGUGCUCCCAGCAUCGGGGGAAGAUGAUGUGGAAGCGGAGGAGGUUGAAGGGCGUGAAUCGAAGUUGGUGGAAAAGUGA